UACGUAUUUGUAAGGUACCUACAUCUCUCGAGGCUCUCUCUCUCUCUCUGCCUUAGCCUUGCCUUAAGCUCAUGUCUCCUCUCUCAAUAGAUACGAUUAUAAUUGAAAGGACCGAGGAUGUAGAGAGGGGAUGUUAAAUAGCAAAGGGGAUCUCGCUCCAUCCUUAGCAUCUAUCAAUCCCGACGGCCAGUUCUCCUUCUCCGGCUCCUGGGACGGUGAGCUUCAUCUCCGUCAGAAGAUGGAAGCCUUCGCCCUCUUCCUCUUCCCGCUCAACCCUCCAUUCAGAUCCAGUCCCCGGAAGAAUUGUCUCCCACUGCUCCGGCCUCUGGGUUUGGUGAAAGGACUAAUAUUGGGCUCUGACAUUUUUUGGGGCUGUUCUGAAUCUGUUGGAGAGGGAGAGAUGGCGGAAUUUGCAAACCAAGGGAAGGUAAUGGAUCGCUGCACUUUCUGGCGAUUGAUUCACAGCAAACCAAAACAAGAUGGUAGUGGUACCCUGCCAAUUAAUGACGAAGCAGAAAAAAUCUUUUUGGAAUUGGAUAAGCUUGAGCAAAGGGAGCGCCUAAAUGGUAGGGAACUUACUACGGUCUUAUGAAUGAAUUGUUCGGUGAGCAAUUUGGACCAGAGACAGGAAAUGCAGUUCGAGGGUAUGGACUUGGAGUAGAGUGGGUUGAUGUUCCUGGAAAUACAAACUGCAAAGCUAGCAGUUUCUCGCGAUAUAUAUUGAGACUCGUAUUCACAAUCCCUUGCAUAGUAUAUUAAGUGGUGGACCUGAUAGCAUUAAGAAGCUAACAGCAACACUUACUAAUAUCGCAGAGAAGCAACCUCAACCGAUCCAAGAAGUGCAAUCAACUCCAAUGGAAGGGUAUGUGUCUUUACUUGGACACUAGGAUACGAAACUGUAUGAAGUUUGCUUUUGAAGCAUAUUGCUGGUAUCUAUGAUUCAUCUCAUAAUUUCACAUUACAGUACAUUUUUGGUCCUUUUAUUGUCAAUAUUGGAGAUGAAUUAUAUAUGUUUUUGGGUAAUGGCUUCUGCCAUAUUAGAUAUAGCAAUACUAGCUUGGGUUAGGGCAGAGAUGAACUGAAUCAUGUAAUUAUUAUGGUAUGGGAGAACAAUGACCACUUAUGUAUAUUGCUCUUGAAUGAAUGAAAUUUGUGUAGGAAAGCUAAUAUUUGGAUUCA